CACAUUACGAUAGAACAAAAGAGGAACUGCACGAAAGGUUUUUUGGUUUUGCACGUGGCUAACUCAUCAGUGAAAAUAUAUUCGAGUCGGUUGCCUUCUAGACGAGCAGCAGUGCAGCAAACGGUACUAGCAAUGAGUAAAGUGACAGUACUGGACGGUGGUUUUGCCACGCAACUGUCGGUCCACGUCGGUAAAAGCAUCGAUGGUGAUCCACUGUGGAGUGCACGGUUUAAUGCAACGAACCCGAACGCCGUGUUCCGGACGCAUCUGGAUUUUCUUGAGGCUGGCGCGGAAGCGGUCAUGACGAACACUUACCAGGCCAGUGUCGAGGGCUAUGGCGAGUAUUUGGGUCUGGAUGAGGACGCCAGCCUAAAUUUGAUCAAAUCAACGGUACGCAUCGCACAGAUGGCUCGUAAUCGAUUUUUGGCCACUCAGGCCACCGAUCAACCGUUCAGCAUACCGCUACUGGUGGCAUCGAUCGGACCGUACGGAGCACAUCUGCACGAUGCCUCCGAGUACUCCGGAAACUACUCAAGCACGGUGUCGCAAGAGACGAUCCAAAAGUGGCACCGACCGCGCAUUGAAGCUUGCCUCGAGACAGGCGUGGAUGUGCUCGGCAUGGAGACGAUCCCCUGCAAGAUGGAAGCCGAGGCACUGCUCGAUAUGAUGUGUGAGGACUACCCGAACGUGCGCUUUUGGAUCUCGUUUCAGUGCAAAGAUCAUCUGCACCUUGCCAAUGGGGAGCUGUUUAGUGACGCAGUCAGCUCAUUGUGGGCGAAGGCACGAUCGCAGCGUAACAAGAAUCUUCUCGCACUUGGUGUUAACUGCGUGCAUCCGCAGAUUGUGACGCCUCUGUUCAAGAGCGUGAACGAAAAGAAGCUGCCAGAGGCCCGGAUACCGCUCAUAGUGUAUCCUAACUCGGGCGAAGUCUACACCGUCGAAAGUGGAUGGCAAGGAAAGGAAGACUGUGUCCCAUUGGAGCACUAUGUACCACAAUGGAUCGAGCUGGGGGCUUACUUCAUUGGGGGUUGUUGCCGAACGUACGCUCGUGACAUUAAACGCAUCAAACAGAGUGUUACAAACGUUAUGCAAUUGAACCACCACUAAUCCUACAGAGGCUCCUGUAUUCCUUUAGAGCUAAGUCAUGGCGAACGUGCUUUUAAUCAAUAUCAAUGUUAUGAAUAGCCAAACAGCGAUCCAGGAAACACUUAUGCAGGCAUGGUUGAAAUCCGUUCACGGCUGGAUCCCGUGCCUUGACAUGAAAACCUUACGUGUUCAACACAUGUUCAUCGUUGCGUAUUUAUAGCAAUAAUUUGUUUAUGUAAACUGUAACUACACAGGCCUAUUUUAUGAGACGAUU